AGUAGUCUUUCUGAUUUUUCAUAGUUAGCUUAUAUAAAUAAUUGCCCAGUCUGAAAGCCUCUCUAUUGUGGAGCUGCUUAAAAUAGUGACUCUGUAUUUGUUAAAGGCUGAGUACAUCAUUUCUCACAUGUUUCAAAGUACUGAAUAGAGUAAUUUAAAGGAAACACUAAUAUUCUUCGCAAGCCUCAUAUUCUUUGCUAUAGCAUGAACACUAUAGCAUUUAUCCAGAGACAGCUGCAGGCCAUGCCAGUCAGUAAGAACAGCAGCUGAGAACAUCUGAGAAAAGAAAAAGGGAUAUAUUAGAGUAGGAAAUUGUGGUGAGGUCUUCCUGGCUCCUUGCUUUUCCCCCCUCAGAUCAUUUGGAAACCUACUGCUUUAACUUCCUUGUAAAGAAGCUGAAUUAGGAAUCUCCAGGCACUUUCCUCUUGGACCAUUUCUGUAAGUUAUAAAAAUGCUAAAGUAGCUUAGAGAGACUUACAGAAAGGGGGUAUUGUUUGAUGAGAGUUGUUAGUCUACCUCCCAUCUAUGCAAGGAACGGACAAGUCUCCCUAGAAGAGAAAGGAUCCUGCAGUAGUUGCAUUAGGGAGCAUUAAACCCACUGCAACAACUUCAAGGGACUGUAUGCACUCCUGAUGGAAGCAUCCCUCCCAGCAGUUCCUGUAUCCCUGCCAGAUCCUGAAAAGAGAUCUGGCCUCAAUCCCUUGUCUCUCACCAGGCUACAGAACUGCUUCUGCUCACUUAAGGAUCUUCGUUUCUUUACAAACACAUUUUAAGUGACAGAAGUGGCAAUUACUUUUGAGGAAAUAAAAAAAAAGACAUUUUCUACUUUGCAUUCCUACCUUACAUAUAUAAACGUACAGAUCUUUCCUCAUAUCUUGGAGGUUCAAAUGUCACCAAACCUCUCUGAAUAGCCCCGGGAUCACAAAGCAGGUUGGGAGAGCGAAGGAUGAUGAUGAAAGAGGCCUGAAGACUUCAAAAAUAUUUCCUAGGAACAGUAAACCAUUCACAAAGGAAUCGAGAGAUGAUUAUGUAAAGAGCCAACACCAGGCUCUCUCACCAUGACAGCCAACCCCAUUCUAUACAGUUAUCUGAAUACCAGCCAGUUUCUAUAUUAACAACUGCUGUCGCUUUCCUUAAUGUUAACUCAUAUUUAAUGUUUCUAAUAAUUAAUAUUUAAAAAUAUAUAUGCAGUUGAUUCUGAAGAUUGCCACACAGGAUCAAGAGGUGUUCAAAGGGAAAAUGAAGCCAUUAAGCCAUUGUAAUGUUCCACAAACCAUUCCCAAAUUGGCAUUCCUAAAGCACUGCAAAAACUAGUUUUUUUUAAGGCAAGAUUAUAAAAUCAUACUCAUACGUUUGCAUAACCACUAGCUUCCUCCUGGCCUUUCCACACUACCCAAAUCUGCUGAUUUGUCAAGAGAGAAAGACAACCCCAUCUUUAUUUAACAUUCUAGAGAUCAUAUACACAUAUAUCAGUGGAGUACUUGGGCUGCAAUGCCUAAUGGCCUUCUGAUAUUUUCUGAGAUGCAAGUCCAAGCCCAGUGCAGCUCCAGAAUGUAUCUGCAUGCUACUGAGCACGCAAUGGGAGCUGUGCUAGCAUGGAAAUCGCUUCUGUUUAUUUGCACCUCUCGAUUUAGUCAUUAGAAACCAGCAGAGAAGAAGAAGAUAACAGCUCUGGCACGGAUCUAUCAGUAACACUUUCUAUUUUUUCCACUUCUAUCCUCCCAAGGCUUUAAUUUUUUUCCCUCUGUUCUGCAGCCCUGGGAAGGGCAGUGAACUGGGAGCACCUCUGGGUGCCAGCAAGUCUCCAGCUCCAACCUCUCCCUUCCACGAGACCUAUGUACCAUUUAGGGCAGGUUUUAGCCUAACGUUGUUAACAAAGGACAGUCGGUACAACAGAAUUUCUGCGUCGUGGGGUCUGGAGAAGGGCGUGCGUGGUGAAACGUGGCUCCGGAGGGCGGCCGCCUCAUCGCUAACCUCGACACCUCCGGGUCGGGACCGUGGAGGAAGGCAGAGCCCUCCAUGGAGAGGGCAGGCUGGAGGGGCUUCCGCUCCCUCGGCCGACCACCUUAAUCACGCCCACGGUGCUGGAUCCACCUGCAGCCCCCAGCUGCGGCCGCUCCGAGCAGCUGAACGCAGCCCUGCCGGCCGCAGAAGCGAUUCCCGACCGCCUCGAGGGCAGCCCCGCCGCACGCGACGGAACGGGCGCGGGACAGCCCCCAACGAGCCGCUCCUGAGUGGGGAGGGGACGGGAGGGGCGGGGAGGGAACGGGAGGCGGCACCGCUUUCCCACCUGCCCCCCCCGGCGGUGUCGAGGUUAGCGAUGAGGCGGCCGCGGGGAGCAGCCGGAGGAGUUGGUUCUCUCCCCGUCUCCCUGAUGCUUUGAGCCGGAGUCUCCUCCCCGCCUCCCCCCGGGCUCACACCCGGGCUGGAUGCUCCGCUCGCUCCUCGCUCCGCAGCCUCCACCCGAUCCCCGCGAGCCAUGGAGCCGCCCGCAGCCGCCCUGGACAGCACUCCGGACCCCGCCAUCGUGCAGCCCCCCGGGAGCAGCCCGCCCGCGCCCCCCCGGGAGCAGCAGCAGCAGCAUCAGGAGCAGCUGCGGAUCGGGGACAGCGGGCAGUUCGGCGACGGCCCGGAGGACAGAGGUUUACUAGAAAGCAGUACAAGGCUAAAACCUCAUGAAGCUCAAAGCUACAGAAAGAAGGCAUUGUGGGUUUCCUGGGUCUCCAUUAUUGUCACACUGGCUCUUGCAGUGGCUGCUUUCACUGUCUCCGUAAUGAGAUACAGUGCAUCAUCGUUUGGAUUUGCUUUUGAUGCUACCCUGGAUGUUUUGUCAUCAGCGAUAGUUUUGUGGCGUUACAGCAAUGCAGCUGCUGUACAUUCUGCACACAGGGAGUACAUAGCCUGCGUUAUCUUGGGUGUCAUAUUCCUCCUAUCAUCUAUAUGUAUUGUGAUCAAAGCAAUCCACGACCUUGCAAAGAAGGUUCUUCCAGAAGUGGAUGACUUUCUGUAUAGUGUCUCUGUUUUAAGCGGCAUCCUCUGCACUGUUUUGGCAGUAAUCAAGUUUAUGCUGGGCAAGGUCCUUACAAGCAGAGCGCUGAUAACUGAUGGCUUCAACUCUCUUGUAGGUGGAAUAAUGGGAUUUUCCAUCCUUCUUAGCGCUGAAGUCUUUAAACACAAUUCUUCUGUCUGGUAUCUGGAUGGCAGUAUAGGAGUUUUAAUUGGACUUACAAUAUUUGCCUAUGGAAUCAAGCUGCUUAUUGAUAUGGUGCCCCGCGUACGGCAAACGCGCCACUACGAAAUGUUUGAGUGAAGAUCACGCCCCUCUUCUUUGUAAGGACUGUAAAACUACAGCAGAUUUGGCAGGUGGUGCCAAUGGUAUUUUAUUGAAUAUGCAGUUUGUUUCCUGUGGUCCGUUUUUGUUACAAGUUUGUUUCAAUGGGAAAUCUCUCUGUAAAAUUGGCAUAUGUGCACACUGCUUGCAAUUCAGUGAAACAGCAGCAUUUUUCUUUCAAAUAUGCUAUUGAUUCCUGUGACAAUAGACAACAUGCAGUUUGCAGUUUUAACCCAGCUGCCACAUUGUAUAUUCUGGAGUGAAAGUGUUCUUAAUGAUGUGAUAAACCUGUGGGUAAAGAAGUGCCAGUUUCAGAUCUUGUUUUUUGGUUUUUUUUUAUGCCCUGGCCUGUAUUUUCCUGAUCACAUGCUGUAACAGAAGUGCAAUCCUUGCUAAUCUCUUUGGCUGACAGAAUAUCCUGUUGUAAAGAGUGGACUCCAAGAGCUGUGUUGCUUUGAAACCCUCACCUGGGAUCUCCCUUCACCCCUUUUUAAAUAGGCCCACGGAAAGAGUGGUUACAAACCUCUCUGGGUUCAGAGUGGUUCUUCAUUGUAGCCCUAAACUAAGUGAAACGAUACCUCUUCAACUUAAAUUCUAUUUUUUCUUAAGAAGACACUGCUGAUUGCUUUGCAUGGACCAAACAAGCACACACAGUAUUACUGUACAGACCAAAGCCAAGAAGUCAUGCAAGGAAAAGAAGCUGCUUGAGGAGCAGGACUCUGUUCUGUUUUACUUUACACAGGCGUGUCGGUGUGUGUGACUGUGGUUGCUCUGUAGUCUGACGAUGGCACAGCAGUGGCUCAACUGGGUGGUGAGAUAGAAAUCUAUUUAUUAGAUUUAGAUUGUUCUGUAAAGUGUUGCUCACCUUCCAUCGCACAUCUUAUGUAUUACUUACUAGCAGGUGAAAUUAUUGAAGAAACUUGAUGUAUAAACAAUAAAACUGGUAUCUAUUUUAUACAAUACCAUAAGUAACAUUUAAAAACUAUUUCCAGAAUGUACCAUAGAGCAAAGUCUUCCUGUAUAGCAGCCUAUUAAACUGGAUUCUCUGGCUAUAUCCAUUUUCUCUUUAUUUUAUGUAUUUCAGGUUGGCUUUCACAACACAGAGUCAGUACAUUGCUUCUGUGUAUCACAGGUGAAUUAAAAAUAGCAGACAGUCCACCGCAGAGGUUGAAAUUGGACUGUGUGUCCUGGUGCUCCUCGAACCCUGCUGUCGUUGGAUGAUGACAGAACCAUCACACGUCACUCAGCAUCAGAUAGAAGCACAGCAUUUGACAAGACAAAGGAGGUACCUUUAUAAGCUUAUUCAGCAGAAAGGUGCAUCGUACAGGAAUUGUCCUUGUCCUCAUUAGGUGGACUUUUGAAUACCGCCCUAAAAUCCUUUCUCCUUGCACAAGUUCCUUAUGCUUUUACUCAGUUCUGAUAUUAAAAGGCAUCUCCCCGCUGAUUAACUCAAUUUUGUUAAGCAUCUUCAGCACCAGAAUCGUAGAACCAGACCCUGAACGUAUUAUUCCAUAUUAUGCAUUUCUUGUUUAUUGCUGGUUUUGUGAGUACUGCGUACCCUUUUCCAUGUCUCUAGGGAUUUUGUUGCUCUAUACUCCCAGAGUCAGUCAUUAAGUGACACUUAGGAACUGCCCAAAGCACUGCUCCAGGGCUGUGUACUACAACAGCAUUUGUAGCACAGACCAGCACCCAGAAGAGCAGCAAGAAGGUGAAUUGGGUUGUGAUGAGACACCUAACUGCAGUGAGCUUGGUGGCACAAAGUCCUACUCCAUGGAGAGCAUGUAGGACAUUAAACCAGCUCACAUUUUAAAGAAGCCCAUUAAAACGCUGAGUGCAGUGUGUGCACAGGGACCUUGUGGUUGUGUUCAUCCAGGAAGCAAAGCUGAGGGAAUCCUCUUUUCUAGAGUAUGGUUGUAAGUACAGACUCCAGCUGCACAGCCCUUGAAAAUGAGAUAUGGUUAAACAAGCUCAUACUUUUCUUAUCACAGUAAAAUAAAGCAAAUGCAGAAGCGUUUCAGUUACCAUGGAUGCUUCAAAGCACUUCUGGUAUUAGCAGGUUAAUGCAGGAAAAUAAGUAAAAUACUUGAAACUUCAAAGAAAGACCAGGCAAUAGUGAUACACAGAAAUGAGCACAAAUCCAGACUUGUACUUCUUAUGGCUCAUUACAACUGGAAAGAAAAUAAAUGCCCAUCCAGUUUACCAGGAUGCUCUGCUCCAGCCAGGCACCCUCAAAGGUAAACUAUUCAGUAGUAGCUUUCUUUAUUACCUGUCUGUGGCAGCCGCUCUCUAAUUAUGAAAUAACAAGCAGGUUCCAGCCGUGCUCACUUAAGGUGGAAUUUCCAGCAGGAGGGGUAGCGUGGGAGCACUGGGAACAAUCACCUUAACCUUGGUACUGCCCAACACAACAUUAGUGACUGCAAACUUGUUGAACUGCCAGAUGCUCUCUGUUGUGCAAAGGGCAUAGAGAAUGAAGUUCAUACAUGAAACGGCACAGAGUGCAAACUGAUACUAAAGCACAUCCAAACUCAGAGUUGCAAAUUAAUCUCUGAAAACGGCAGGGAACCUGAGCUGAGGCUUUGAAUUCGUCCAUGUUGUGUGCAGCAGAGAAGGAAGCUACCAAUGAAUGCCAGGUUUUUGAGCCCAGAAAUCAUCAAACUGGAACCCCUUACCGACUCAGUCCACAUCUGGCCUUGUAGGUAAGCCAUAAAUAACCAUCAUUCAACCACCACCUGAAAGUGAUGUUCCAGAACUGCCCUUGAAGCAAAGACCGCAGACAAAUGCUUCCUCAGACAAUGUCAAAUUAAGCUCUCAGUACUUCUGAGCUCUCCUCACCAAUAACGAUAAGACCAUUUGCAUUUCUGCAAUCUCAGCUGCCUGGGAGCACAUAAACAUUUCUGGAAGCUGGAGAGGUAAGGAAACACUGAAGCUACUGACCAAACAUUAUCCCUGGAUACGCUGAUCUGUGUGGAUACCUCACCCUGGAAUUGCGAGUGAUUCACUGUGCUCACAGCAAUUUUAAUUUCUCAGCACUGCUUUCAGGUAUGUGCUGCUGCUAUGUUACAUGCACUGCCAUGCAGCAGUACUGUGAAAAAGCACACUGCUGACAUGCACUGCUCGUCAGGCAUCAGAUCUGAGGCAGGAGGGGCACAAACUCACAUUCCUGUAGGUCCAGGUUAUGCAAUAGGAGAGUAAUUAAAUAAAGCAGCAGCCAAUCAUGGGACCUGUCCUGCUGCUCCCACACCUGGGAGCCGGGUGCUUUCCCACUCCUGUCAGCCCCAGGAUGAACCUGUGGGGAGGCAGUGACCAGUUCCUGCAUGUUACCUGUUCCAUGUUAUCAGCUGCAUGCUGGGGUUGACACGACUGUGCUGCAGGCAGAACCUGGGAGCAGAAUCAUGGACAGCCUGGAGCAACGCAGGCAUCAGCAAGAACAUCAGCUGGAGGGCUGAAAGUGCAUUUGACAGAAAACCUUUGCAGAGGAGUUUCUUUUGCAGGCAGUUUGGAAGUACAUCAUUUCAUUUCAUCAGCUAGUACUGUAGUUACCAACCCCACCAUUUUUAUGCCCACACUCCUUACCAAUACAGGCUGUACAGCAGUGCCACUCUCACCAAAGCAAGGGACAGAGACUGGUGGCACUGCCUACUCUGUGAGUAACCAGGCGUUACUUUUAGAUCCUCCCCAGAGGCUCCUACCGUGGGAUGCUCUCUUUAGAGCUGACGUUACCAUUUCAGCAGCAGCGUCCAGCAUUUUGCCUUGAUGUCCUGCUGUUGCAGACCCACAGAAGCAGACACCUUCAUGAGCAGCCCUGGCUCCUGGUGUAUGAAUCUUGAAAGACAACGCUCUGCAAGGUCAUUGUGAUACAACACAGCUUUUAUUCUUGAGAAGCAUCAUGUAUUCUGUAUGCGGUGUACAGCAGUGUCCACAGUCUUCCUUUGGGCUGAAAAUGUUUAGGAAAUAUGUCUAACUAUCGGAGAGUCUAACUGUUGUCUAACUAUUGGAGACAAUAGUUAACUAUAUAGUCUAACUAUAUGUCUAACUAUUGUUAUACUAACUAUACUAACUAAUUAACUAUAGUUAACUUAUAGUCUAACUAUAUGUCUAACUAUUGGAGACAAUAUCUAUAUAAGAUUCUUUGCCCUCCUGAAAUGAAUCUUACCUGUUUUUAAAUCCAAUUUAGAUUUAGAACAAAACAAAACAGAAAGAUAACAGUGUCUUUUCUUACCACUGGGCUGUGGGCUGUGGGACUGCUGCUGCGUGGGCAGCUGUGGGCCGCAGGAUGGGCACAGAGAUGCAACUCCAGAUCCGUGGCAGCUCACAGACUUUCCAUUCAUGCACAAAACAAUCAUAAAUCCAAAUCACACCAGAAAAAGGUUUAUUGAAAAAUAAAGUUCUCCCUAGUUUUUUUUUCUACACCAGUGAAAACAAAGCAUUUUUCUAUGCCAUUAAAGUACAGACAUUUACGUUUCUAAAAAAAAUAAAAUAAUCUUAUCCUAUUGAACCCCCGUAACUUGACAGUAUCUGAAUCACUGUGUUCUGAUCUUUCCCAGUCAAGCUGUUUGAACGCAAUAUAGUGGAACACAAACAUUCAAAUAAAGCAAAGAGUCAAGACUUCAGGAGAGAAUUCCAACUGAACGCACACAGUAACCAGCCUGACCCUGAAGUUCUUAUGGAACUCUAAAGACUUUGACUCCAAAUUAUGUUCUGCACAAAGCAGCUUCUGCUUUUACAGAUUUCAGUCAGUUUUUGUUUGAUUUCUCCCCUCACAGUGCAACAAGGAUUACUCAGAAUUUUCUAGCCAUUCCCUGUGGAGAUGCCUCCAGGGAGGGAAUGAGACCAGAACGCAGAGAGCUGCUCCAUGCCACCCUGCUGCGCUCAGCCAGAGAGAGAACUCAGCUCAACCCAGCAGAGCGAGCAUUGCCUGAUGUUCAGACUUGUCUCUGUUUAUAAUCUGUAGGGUAAGUUUUCUCAGAAAAUGGACUCCCUUUUCCUUCCACUAUAAACUGCCUCCUCUGCUGUACUCCUCAGUGAAAACCAAAUCAAAUGGCUUUCACUGUCACCAUAUUACAGCGAGCUUGUUAAGAAUAUAACAAAUGAGUUCUGGGUAUAACCCUAUUAAACGAACUGCCCUCAGAAAUCCAUCGAGCCUGAUUUACCAUGUACCUGUGUGGCGCUAGGAACAACUGCAGUUGUGCCAGGAGCUGGGCUGGGCUGUGUGACAAGCUGCAAUGUGGGGAAGGUGGAGUUGCAACUCAUUCUAUCAGCACUUUGAGGACCUGACUUUAUUUACCCAUUUAAUAAGCAGGUGGCUUCAUGCUGCUGGGAGAGGUCUGCUGAAUCAGAAUCCAAGGCUGGUUUUAAUUAACCGAAUUUGUAAAGGAUGGAAGAAAGAACACAAGCAAUGCCUCCACACCAAGGUCCAGCCUCUGGAAUUUUCAACACAUCCCUACAGUAAACAUUUUACACUUGAUAUGUGGAGUUUGCUGUUUACACAUUCCAUUUAAACAUAAUAUUUGGAAUUUACAAGCUAACUUAAACAAAUACCUCUAGAGCUACUUAAAAAUAGGAAGACAUGAUUUAAGUCACUGACAAUUAAACAAAAUGUUUUAAUACUACACUACAGCAGUAUUAUUAAAGCAUACCUCAAUGAAACCCGUCCCCGGCCUUUCCAGCCUGGCCAGAAGUUUCUAUUUGCCAGUGCACUGUUCUCCUCAAUUUUACAGUGAUCCCUGAAUGGUUGGGGACAAAGGAAAACCACGAACAGAAACCAAUACUAAGUCAAAAGCUGAAGGCAAAGCAGCUGCAGGGAAAAAGUCACACAGAGCCCAUGCCAAAAAGUUAGCACCCCUUGUAAAAAGGCUUUAAAGUUGAAACUGGUGACGGAUAUUCUCUUCAAAACAAACAAGCAGAACAAAACUAGGCUCUAGCACUCCCAAAUGUAGAGCGGGCAGUUAUUUAACUGAGUCCUGAACCAAUACUGUUACAGCAAGUCGCACCAACUUAGUGAUGAUAAAUGCUAUAGCAGCAAGCAAAACUGGCUGCUGGUAACAUGCACAGCAUAACCUGCAAGGGUUUAUCUUCAACCUGUAGGAUGGUGCUUCAUGAAAAAGGGAGAGCUGUUUUUUUUUAAUUUGAAGAGAAAUUAAUGGAGGAGUCCUGCCACCAGUGAAGCCGGUGGGAGUUGUGAAAUUAAUUACUUGGAUGAGAACUGUACCCAGCCUCAUUUAUCCCCUUUAAUUUUCAUUGAAGUAAAAUCUGGUCUUGAAGUGCACUGUGAACAAAAUACAUGCCUAAGAAAGCAACUUGAAUCUUACUUAUACUGAGAGUAGCAGCUUGUAAACAACCUUUGUGAUUUAGAGGGGACACUCAUUUCUGAGAGUGGAGGCAUGCCGUUAUUGAGAGCAUGACCCACGGACACAUAGGGGGGGUUAAACAACAGAACAGUGUCAUUAAGUCAGGAGAGAAGAUGCUGGUGAACAACCUCACUUGCACCUAAUGGUAAUUUGGGACAAGUCUGAGCACCUGCCAGUGAGCAAGUUAGAAACUGCUGUGUUUGCAGCAGAGCUGAGCAGGGAGCAGAAACCUGGCUCUGUCCUUGAGCCUGUGCUGCUGAACCUGGAGCAGCAGCUGUUAGACAAAAAACCCUCACGGAAAUGGAGCAGCAUAAAAAUAGAGAUUUCUGCAGUCAGAUGAACAGCCAGAAUUCCAUCUCCACUGAGGCUCAUACAUUUGGAUAUGGACCGCGUUACAUCUGUGAAGGACUGCAUGUUAGGAGCACUACAAGUCACCACGUGCAUUUCCAUCUGAACACACUUGUAUCUGAAAAACCAGAUCUUAAUUCUUGCAGUUAAUCAAAUCAAGCGUGACUAUUCCUACAGGUUUUUUGUUAGCAUUGUCUCCCAGGGGAACGCAGCGGGUGCAGUUUGCUCUCUGUCAUUACACAGACAUCUGUCCCAGCAGGAGCGUUCGUGUCAAAUUACAGACAUUCAGUAAAAGGCAUUUCACUGGCAGAAGCAAAUUUUGGUAAGAAUCAGUGAUGUUUCGUUAUCUUUUACCUUAUUAACCCUUAUAUUUUUAGAGCAGAUCUUCCUGUUGUUUCAAACCAUUCAAGUUCUGUUCUGCUAACAGACAUACAGUGAUCAAGCGCUGGGUUUUACCUGCAGUUAGUGUUCCAUUAUACUUGUUCAGACAGCAUCCACAUUAAAAGCAGCCAUCCAAACCCCAAAUUAAAGG